AGCCGAAGCACAACGCCGGCGUCGCUGGAUUGAGGUUUCCGGGCAACACCAGAGAGCAGGCUAACCAUAUUUCCGAGACUGUAGACAUUUAUACUCCAUUAGUUCUGACUGUCGUAUCAGGGUGACACUCCCUGCAGCAAUUUAAAGUAAGACUCUCAAAUAAAACAUUUGUCUCCUUCGCAGAGCUUAAAAACUCAACGGAACGAUGGCUGAUCAGCUGACAGAGGAGCAGAUUGCUGAGUUCAAAGAGGCAUUCUCACUGUUUGACAAGGAUGGCGACGGUACGAUCACUACCAAGGAGCUCGGCACGGUGAUGCGCUCUCUGGGACAGAAUCCCACCGAAGCUGAACUGCAGGAUAUGAUCAAUGAGGUUGAUGCUGAUGGUAAUGGAACGAUUGACUUUCCCGAGUUCCUGACUAUGAUGGCCAGAAAAAUGAAAGAUACGGAUAGCGAGGAGGAAAUCAGGGAAGCCUUUAGGGUAUUUGACAAGGACGGUAACGGCUACAUCAGCGCGGCGGAGCUACGGCACGUUAUGACCAACCUGGGUGAAAAGCUCACAGACGAGGAAGUGGAUGAGAUGAUCCGGGAGGCUGACAUUGAUGGCGAUGGCCAGGUCAACUAUGAGGAGUUUGUCCAGAUGAUGACCGCCAAGUGAAGAGAGCAAUGAAGUUUCUCUCAAUGUUGCUCGUCCCACUAAGAUUACCGUCGCUUAAGAAACUUCAAAAGCAGGAACAGUUAUCAAAUGUCGAACAACCACCCCCUUCAAAAACCACUCGCCUGUAGGAAUUUUCUCAAUGUGUGCUUCAGAAACAUCCAGAUAAUACUUCAAAGGUAUCUGUUUAAAAAAAGAAAAACAAACAAACAAAAAAAAGAAAAACACCAACAGAAUGAUCCCUAAAGAAGUUAAAGGACCAAGCUUUAAGAGGGCCAAAGUCCUCCAACUUUACACCAAGAAUCUGCCGAGUCACCCAGCUGCUGAUUAAUUUAGAGGAAAGAGCAACGCCGAACUGGUAGAAGGAUAGAACUUAAGGCUAGAAUCUGUAUAGGGACGUUGGCUUUUUAAUUCUUUCCAGAUAGUCUUCAGCAAAGGAAAACUGUCUUGCACUUGUGUUAACUUAAAAAAAACAAACAAACAACAAAACAAAACAAAAAAAAAACAACAACAACCAUGAAUCGAGUACUCUUCUUGCAUGCACCCCUUUCGUGGCCGUCUCUCGUGAUAACAAGGAGGCUCUGAACCCAUCAGAGGUAGUGGUCAGCUCGUGUACACACUGGAGGUAUAUACAUAAACAUAUAGCUAUAUAUCUGUACAAUUCGUGUCACUAUUGAUUAUUGCAAGAGCAGUUAGUUGAGAUGUAGGGUGUUUGUUUGUGCUCAGCUGGAGGCGAGCGGCUCGGGAGUUCAGCAACAGAAGAAGAACUCUGAGACGUAAAGAAGGCUUUUUCCUGGUGGGAUAUGAUGUUGCGGUGUUUUGAGCCGCAGGCUUUACGCGGCCUGCGGCGCAGAUCGGAAACGGGCGCGCUCUGUGCCGUUUCACAAUGACUGUUGUGGGGGGGGGAAAAAAAAAAUCAACACUGUAAUAACUGCAGUUAAUACAUUUGUUCCGUAAACGGAUAUGAAAAAAUAUAUAUACAUUGAUGUGAUGCUUUUUAAAUGUUACGUUAAUGUACUGACGACAAACUUUGGUUACGAAAUAUAUCUAUAUAUUAGUGUAUUGUGAAGUUUGCAUUGCCUAUUGUUCUAGUAAAAAGAUCUGUGACAUGUUUCCUCUUCGGUUUUAAAAUGUGCCAUAAUACUCUUUAAAUGCAUCUCAACCUUGCAAGGCUCGUAGUUCAUCAGAAUAUGAAUCAACCUAUAACAAUGUAAACCUUUCCAUGCAGUUGCACUUUGGUAUCAAUCAUGUGGAUGUUUUAAAAAACAAAACAAAACAAAAAAAGCUCUGAAAGAAGCAAAACAAACCAAAUGUCACUGUUGCUGCUGCUAUAAUAAUGCGUAUGUUUCACUCAUUUAUUGUAUUUGUGUCGGCUCUUCAAUUUGUAGUCCAGUGAGCAAACUCCAGUCUGCUUGUUGUUUUACUGCACCAAAAUUCAUAUAUUGUGUUUUCACAAAUAAUACUUAUGGCUGGGCUGUUGUAUGUAAUUUGGACCGUUUGAUGGGACAGGAAGGUGUUUUGUAGCGAAGACGCAGACGUGCUUUUGGUUAAAGCGUCGUCAAACUGGUGGCUUCGGAAUGAUUCGGUUAAAAAUAAUUGAAAACGAGUUUUAAAUGCAGCUUUGAGAUGUUUUUUGAGACAUGUUUGGGAUAAAAUGUUUAAUGGACUAAAAGCUGAAGGUAUCUCACAAAUGUAAAAAAAUGUGAUAUAUUUUCCAUAAACCAAUAAAUUAAGCUUUACUUCA